GUCUGUCAACGCUGUCUGAAGCAGGGUCACGAGACGUGGACGUGCCACAAACAGCGUCCAUAUGUCUCGCGACCGACGAGGAGCCAGGCACUGACCGACCCAAAGGCGCUCAAGAAGUUUAAGAGUAAAGGAGGGGAGGACAUUCCGGAAGACCUACGA